CGAUUUGAGAACAGAUCAUAUCAGUGCGGUGUAGAGUGUGAUAUAUAUAUCUAAAGAUUAAAAAUGGAGGCACCAUUGAAGGUUUUUGUUGGUUUUCUUGUUAUGGUGUGUGUUCUAGGAGCAGUGAGCGUGGAAGCGGCGGGGCCAUGCGGGGACUCAUCUCCAGACGACGAGGCCAUAAAGCUGCUGCCGUGUGCGGCGGCGGCGCAGGACGCGAAGGCGGCGGUUUCCAGCAGCUGCUGCUUUCAGGUGAAGAAGUUCAGCCAGAACCCGGGCUGCCUCUGCGCCGUCCUCUUCUCCGACAUGGCCAAGAGCUCCGGCGUGAAGCCCGAAGCCGGCAUUACCAUCCCCAAGCGCUGCAACCUCGCCAACCGCCCCAUCGGCUACAAAUGCGGACCAUAUACCCUGCCAUGAGUGCAGCCUCGGGUUGAAUAAAUCACCUGCAAAAAUGGGUUUUAUUAAUUAGUUGCUGGAUUGGUGAUAUGCAUGCAUGAACUGAAAACAAGUUUCUUGGGUUGAUUAUGAACGUAAAUUAUGUUAUGCAUGCCCUUCUUGGGCAAACUAUGUAUGUAUGUGCAAUAAUAAUUAAGAUGAUUUCCACCCUAAUC